GUUUCGCGCGGUGCUCACGUAAUUUCGUGAUUUUUUGGUCCGGCUUUAAAUUUUACUGAAUAAAACUCCUACAAUAGAGGAGUUUGUGAAUUAGAUUUGUUUAUACGGUUGGAAUGGGAGGCGUUGAUACCAGUAAGCGAAAACCACGACGAACACAAGGAACGGUUAUCAACCAAACCCGCAACCGGUUUGCCUGGGCUGUGCUGGGACUGGGAGCCGCUAGUUUCGCCGUCUAUUAUUCCAUAAUUAGUUACUACGGAGGACAGGAAUUAAAGGAGCGAUUUCUCAGAGAUUUUCACGAGAAAACGCAAGCAGAAAUCGAUCGAAGUUAUUUGAUGCGCCGCAGUUUGCUUGCACCGAAACGGGGUGACUCAAUUCGAGAGCUUCUAGAGGAGGAAAAGAUCGAUCGGAGCGAAAAGUAACAGGUGUAAAGACAGUAUGUCUAGCAGAAGAAGCGGCAAAGUAAAAUAUGCCAAAUUAAGGCUGCCUAAAACUUCAUCUUCCGACAGUCUGUCUAAGUCGAUUCCUUUGGAUAAUGGGUAAAUAGUCGUAGAUAGUUACUUGUAGCAUUUUAAUAAACGUAAU